AUGUUGACUAUGCUUCAAAAUUUUAGCUUUUCUGUAGCGGAAAGCCAGUAUAUGGGAGUAUUGAUUGGGAAUUGCUUUGUUGGCUACAUAGCCGACAAAUUCGGAAGACGUCUCAUGUUGUUGGCAGCACUAUGCACCGGCAUACCCUUUCUGGUACUGUCAGCCGUUUUCGACAGCAUUCCUGCAUUCUAUGCUUUUCGCUUUCUCCUUGGCUUCACUAUAGCAGCUACAAUGUCCGUUGGUUGGGCAUUCUGUGCUGAAAUGAUUUCACCCAAACAUCGAUUCAAGCUAAGAACAUUCACAAGCUGGACUAAUGGAAGAAUUCUAAUGUCAAUUCUAACCUUUAUUGGCCAAAGUUCCUGGAGAGUUGCUUCCUACUUGAAUGCAGCUGCAUCCUUGUCAACGCUAGCCAUCAUUGCAUAUUUACCUGAAAGCCCAAUGUGGCUCAGGAAAAAGGGGAAAUUUGAAAGAGCGGAAGCAGCGGAGCAGAGGUUAGAGAUGAUCAGCGGUGUGGAACGUGAAGAAACUGAAAGAGAUAAAGGAGGGAAGGAGAAGAAGAAACCGGUUUCAAUGUCGCUGAUGCAAGUGUUUCAAGACAAUAAACUUCGUACGCAGUUCCUCGUGCUCGCCGUUAUGUGGUUUUGCGCUGGUCUAAGCAUGUACUCCAUUGACCUGAAUGGCGAAGAUAUGACGAAAAACCUCUGGUCAGGCCAGUUUAGUGCUGCGGCUUUGGCUUCAAUCAUACGUGUGAUUGUCGGCUUUGCUGAUGCCUGGUUUCCAUGGCUCGGCCGUAGGCUUGUAUACAUAUUGGCAAUGGGUAUCUGUAUCAUUUCAUCUGGUGCUUUACUUUACGAGCUCGCGAACAAUAUGAAGGGCUCAACCUUAUAUUUCGUUACGUAUCUCGUAGCAUACAAUUCAAUUUCGGUUUCUUGGGAGCCUAACUAUCUGGGGGCGGCCGAGCUCAUGCCCACGGAAGUUCGAGCGAAAACUACGGCUCUGUUGAAUAUAAUCUCUCGAGUCUCCAACGUCAUAGCUGCACGAGUGGUGGGCUCAUUCAAAGGCGUCUGGGAUGAGGCAAUACUCAUAGCAGUCCUCGCGUCGAACUUGUUCAGUUUUGUCGUCACGGUCACUUUACUUAAAGAAACCAAGAACAUCCAGCUGGAGAGUAUAGGCCAGAAAGGUGAUGAGAAAGUCUCGAAAGAUAAAUCCAAACGUCCUUCUGAAGACACCAGCAAAGCGAGUGCAGUCAGUAAGGAGGGUCCUUCAGAAAGCAGAGAAGAAAGCAUUAGGGACGUUCCUGCGGAAGAAAGUAAAGAGCUGUCGGAUGCAACAAGGCUCCUUUCCGAGGAAGGACAGAUGUUCAACCAGUUAACACCAGUGCAACCUACACUUUCCAAGUUGUUCGAAAAGAAAUCCAAAGAGGCUGACACUUCAAAGAGGGCUUCGGCGUCCGACCGUGAAUCUCUAAGAGAAAAGAGGGGACAGGACAAGUAA